AUGCCACCUAACGCCAAUGCUCUUCCUCUAAGCUCAACACCAAAACAAGACUCCCAACCGCAUCCACAUUUCCGUUAUUCUCUUCCAGGUCCAUCUCCAUCGGCUCCAAGCUCUUGCUGCCGGCUUCCCGGCUGCGGGCUUCCCGGUCUCACUGUGCUAUCUUCUGUUUUGUCUGAGGACAGAGCUACUGGGGUUAGUGGCUCUGGGACAGAUGCUUUCAAGCUGACAUACUUGGAGGUGGGGUGUUGUUUUCAGGGAUCUUUGUCUACUUGGCAAAACAUUUGUGGGUUCCAAAAGAAAAUGUUGAACACUUGGUAUUCUAGUUUUCAAUAUGAUUUUUAG